AUGACGAAGAAAAAAGGGAAGCGGGGCUUCAACGGUGCGAAACUCCACCACUUCAAACAUAUCGCAUCCCUUCUCCAAGCGGCUUCAGUCGAGGGCGUUCCCGCCGCCUUCCAGCACAAAUGGCAACACACGGCGAAGAAGGUCUCGGACAAAGUCGUCGUCCGACUGCACAAGAGCUACAAGCGCCGCUACUGCCAGCGCUGCUGGUCCUCGCACGACAAAACAGCGACGAUAGAAAAGAAUAAGAGCGGAAACUUCAACGAACUCAAAUGCGAAAAAUGUUUUUUUACGAAACGACUUGUUAGAACAGAUAAAGCUGCCAGUAACGCUGUGAAAAAUAAUAAAGAAGAAAAUCAAUCUUAA